AUGUUCCGAUCUCCAGCCUGGAGAUCCAGAAGACUGUUGCUCAGUCCCCUAACUAUCGGUGAACGACGUGAACCUAUCGCGAACCUGACGCGUCUAUCGCACGGAUCCCUUCAGUAUGGCAUGCAAACGAAACGCACUCCACGGAAUGUACUACACUGGACUGUUGAAGAUGUGGGCAAAUGGAUGCGCAAGUACGCUGGUCCCGAGGGCGAAAAGUACGCUCCUUUGUUUGAGGAAAAUGCCAUAAACGGCAUCUGUUUGCGGAUGAUGACUGACGAAUGGGCCAUCAGGAUUGGGGUCACUGAUCAGGCCGAUCGCCACAACAUGUCUUACGGUGCGGCAGCUCGCAAAGACCCUGUUUAUCAACUUGGAAACAAGUGUCUCGCUAUUCCGAUGGAGCUUCAUCGAAAGAAUAGACAGCGCUUAUGUGCGAGGCUACGUGAACAAUGGUCUAAAUUAGUCGCAGAUAAACAAGCCCCAGUUCAUGAUCUGAAGGGUGUGUUCGUUCUACUUCAAGGUGGUACCGACACUUAUCGCGGAGAUUCCGACGCGACUACAGCAUUUCGGCAGGAGUCUUUCUUCCAUUGGACUUUCGGCGGUCUGGAACCAGAUUGGUUUGGUGCAAUAGAAGUUCAAACCGGGCGAUCCAUUUUGUUCACCCACCAUCUUCCUGAUGAUGUGGCGGUCUACGAUGGUAUGCCGGAUACACCUGAAGCAAUGGCCAUCAAGUAUGCGGUGGAGGAAGCGUACUAUUCCGAAGAGAUGACAGAACGCUUUCAGCAAUGGGGAACUACCUUGAUUCUCACCUUGCAUGGAAUCAACACAGACAGUGGUCGACUUACCCUUGAAGCCUCCUUCCCAGGCAUGGAAAAGUUCUUGGUGAACAACACUAUCCUCCACCCCGUGAUUGUCGAAUGUCGCCUGUACAAAACCCCCGAGGAACUGGACGUCAUUCGUUAUUCCAAUCGCAUCAGCAGUGCUGCCCAUCGUCAUCUGAUGCGAUGCGUCAGACCGGGAAUGCACGAGUUCGAAGCUGAAAGCAUCUUCCUACACUACUGCUACUUCCAUGGGGGAAUGCGACAUGUGGCCUACACGUGCAUCGGAGCUUCCGGACACAACUGUGCUACACUGCACUAUGGCCACGCAGGUUCGCCAAACGAGCGGUUGAUUCAAGAUGGAGACAUGUGUCUAUUUGAUAUGGGUGGAGAGUACUACUGCUAUGCGUCGGACAUUACCUGUUCAUACCCGGUCAACGGCCGGUUCACGGACGACCAGAAAAUUGUUUACGAAGCCGUGUUAUCCGCAUCACGGGCUGUUUUGGCUGCACUGAAACCAGGAGCUUGUUGGGUCGAAUUACAUGAGCUAGCCGAACGCGAGAUUCUCAACCACCUGUCAGCGCACGGUCUUUUGCGUGGCAACUUGGACGAUAUGAUGAAGGCCAGGCUGGGUGCGAUUUUCAUGCCCCACGGUCUCGGGCAUUUGAUGGGCUGUGACGUACACGACGUUGGCGGAUAUAGUCCUGAUGCUCCUCCACGACCCGAAGCCCGCGGUUUGCGCAACUUACGUACUGCGCGGCGCCUCGAACCCAACUUUGUCAUCACUGUUGAGCCUGGCUGUUACUUCAUCGAUCGAUUUUUAGACGAGGCCCUUGCUUCGGAAGAGCUCAAACAGUUUAUUGUUCCUCAAGUGCUCAACAGAUUUCGGAACUUUGGUGGCGUUCGUAUCGAAGACAACGUAGUCAUCACGGAGACAGGUUAUGAGCUCCUGACCGACGUUCCACGUACCGUUCAGGAAAUCGAGGAAUGGAUGGCUGUUCCUCCUAGUAAAGACCUUCGGUUCUGAUCUUUCUGCUGUUUUUUAUCAUUCAUCCCUCGGUCUUUUAAAUUUGUCAAGGUUUUCAACGACGAUUCCAUGUUGCUUUUUGAUGCAUUUUUAUUGAUUGACUAUUGAUUUUUCGGUCAGACGAUAAUUGAAGUAUUUGUGACUCUAGUCAACCAUUUCAAUAGCAUCUUACGAUUGCUCGUUACACCCAAGGAUGUAUCUGCCAGAGUAGAUACUCCGUGGAUGGCAAGCACGCAUGUUUGUGAGACCUAUCACCUGUGACAAUUCCUCUGGCUGUUGUGUGACGGGUGUGGGGUGCGCGGUACACAUCACACUAUGCUGGAAAUAUACACCGUCCGUCU